UUAAUUGUUUCUCUGUCAGAUAUAUAUUUUAACUGCAUAACAUAAAUUUCGUAUUGCGUCAAAUAUUAGCCAGCUGAGCCGAAUGUUAUACAUACUCUUUCCGGGUCAAUGACCGCGCCGCGUAUGACGCACGUCAGGCAGAGAAAUGGCAGAAAUGAGGUGAGCUGAAUGAGGCUGAUGGAACCUUUGGGUGUCGCCCAGGACAUCGUGGAGCCGGCCGUAUUGAAACGAUGGGCUGAUUAUCCCAUCCAGUAUCGAUACACGAACUACUCCGAUUCAGUUCGAGAAACGGCACAUCAUACCAUAAGUCCCUUCCCAUGUCAACCGUCGCUUAACAACAAACUCGCGCUAUGGACUGGAGAUAUCUCGAUAUUACAAGUAGAUGCAGUAGUAAAUCCUACCAACGAGACGAUGGAUGAUAAUAGUCCUAUGUGCCAAAGAAUAUUGAACCGAGCUGGUUCUGCGCUCAAAAUAGAGAUAUUUAACGAAAUAAAAGAAUGCAGAACUGGUGAAGUAAGAGUAACACAGGGUCAUGGAUUACCUGCUCGUUUUAUUAUUCAUACUGUUGGACCAGUUUAUAAUGUCAAGUAUCAAACAGCUGCGCAAAACACGUUACAUUGUUGCUAUAGAAAUGUUCUACAAAAGGCGAGAGAAAUGGGAUUGCGUACCAUUGCUCUACCAGUAAUAAAUUCAGUACGGAGAAAUUAUCCUCCGGAUGCAGGAGCGCACAUAGCUCUAAGAACUGUACGUAGAUUCAUGGAGCAAUACAGCGAUUCGUUAACGUGUGUUAUAUUUGUAUUGGAACCAUGUGAUCUUGGAAUAUAUGAAGUCCUUCUGCCGCUUUAUUUUCCCCGAAAUUUGGCAGAACAGGAUAAUGCUUGCUGGCAGUUGCCGAAUGAUAUUGGCGGAACGGAUGGAGAACCUUUACUCCCGGAUAGACAAAUUAGAAUUAUUGACAAUCCUCAGCACGCUUUGCACGGUGACGAGACGGUAGAACUUUCGGCACAAUUGGAGACUUCGGUCAAUAUUGGUGAGCAUGCCUUUGCGCAAAUGCAAGGUGAUCUGGACCGACAGAGACUUUUAGGAGAGAGACCACCUGCCGAUCCAUUGGCGGAUAUUAUGCUCAAACAAAUGCAGCAUAAAGAAAGGUACGAAAGGCUUCUUAGGAGAGCAAAGACAGAGGAUUUGACUGAAGUCUCCGGGAUCGGCUGUCUGUACCAGAGUGGCGUGGACCGGCAAGGCCGACCAGUGGUGGUCUUCGUCGGCAAAUGGUUUCCAGCCACUAAAAUCAAUCUAGAUAAGGCCCUAUUGUACCUGAUACAAUUGUUGGAUCCCAUCGUGAAGGGUGAUUAUGUUAUCGCGUAUUUCCACACCCUUACGUCCAGCAGCAAUUACCCCAGUUUACAUUGGCUGCGCGAAGUCUACAACGUGCUUCCCUACAAAUAUAAGAAGAAUCUAAAACAUUUCUACAUUAUCCAUCCUACCUUCUGGACCAAGAUGAUGACGUGGUGGUUCACAACCUUCAUGGCUCCAGCUAUUAAACAGAAGGUUCACAAUUUAGCCGGAGUAGAAUAUCUUUAUGAAGUUAUGCCCCCUGAUCAACUUGAGAUCCCAGCGUACAUCACAGAAUACGACAUGACGAUAAAUGGCCUGAGAUAUUAUCAACCGGAUCAGGUCUCGUCGCCAUCAACGUCUACGUAAUUCGCAGGUAAAAAUUGAAAAUGGAAGCAACAAAGCGUCAAGAUCGAGGCCGGAUCGAGUAUUUCGUGCAUUCGUAUGGUUGGCUAUAUUUUUGCAAUGACAUGCUUAAGCAUGAGAAUAGUAACGCACGAGAUUUGUUACUGCUGGUGUAUCUCAUCGGUUUUUGGCAAUGAUAAGACGUAAAAUACGACAUUGUUUGGAUACUGGAUCUUCGAAAAAGUAGUCCGGCUCCGCAAUAACUCGAAGUCGAUUUGUCCAAGUGCCUCGCGAUGAACCGUUUAGCAGGAGAAAGGACGAAAGGACGAUCGGCCGUACGAAUGUUAAUAUUAAC